AUGAAAGAUUAUUUACAAAUUGUUGCAGAAGAAAUUCAUUAUCCCUCAUUUCCAGGACCAUAUCAUGAACUUACAAAAGAUGCACAAAUUAGAAUUGAUUUUAUUGAAGAAGUUCAAACUGGUAUUAGUUUAAGUUUAGAUAAAAAAAAAGGUGGUAAUAAUUUUUCAGCAGAUUGUGGUUUAAUGCCAAUGUUUUAUAGAUUAGAAGUUGGUAGAGAUAUAAAUGAUAAUCAAAAAUUAGGUGCAAUUAUUCAACCAGAGAAACUUGAACUUAAUUAUAACUUUUCACCAAGUAAAUUAUUAUUUGGUGGAAUUUUAGGUGGAAAAUCAUCAAGAAUUGGUGGUGACAUUUAUGUUGGUGUACCAAUGACACCUCAAAUUAAUUUUGAAAAAUUGGUUAAAAAAAUAUCAACAGUUGGUACAAUUACACAUGAAACUAAUAAAACAUCAACUGAAUUCAAAGUAUCAAGGAUCUAUAUGGGAGAUAUUGAUCAUCGUUUGGCAGGAUUGACAUUUUGUUAUGGAUUAAAACCAUCACUAUCAUUAGGAUUUGAAUUGUAUUGUAAAUUCAUUCAAGGUAGUGGUGCAUCGAUUGGAGGUGCCUCACUUGGCGCUAGACAUCGUGGUAGAGCAAUGGGUAUUCAAUAUGAUUUAGCAGGUACUUGUAAUAUUUUUGGUGAUCUUCAAUUAACAAGUUCAAUUGGUAUCAUACCAAAUAGAUUAUCUUUUUCAACUAGGUUCAAUUUAAAUACAAGUAAUAUCAUUAGUAAUAUACAAUUUGGUACUCGUAUAAAUGGUAAUCCUAUAAUUGGUAAUCAUGAAAUUCCAAUUUGUCUUAAACUUCGUACUGAUACUAAUUUUGAAAAUGCAAUUGCUUUAGAUAUUGAUACUCCUUUCACUAGUAUUAGUAUUGGUUGUUUUGGUAAAAAAUUAGAUUUAUUUAAAAAUUAUGGUAUUAAUUUUUCAUUUUAA